AUGAGGCGCCCUGCCUGCCUGCCAGCCGCCCUGGCUGCCCUGCUGCUGCUGCUGAGCGCGGGGAGCUGCGCAGGCGGGCCCCUGCAAGGGGGCGACUGGGUAGCAGGCGUGGCUGUCCCCUACGGCGGGCCCCAGGAUGGCAAGGACCCUCACGUCGCCUCUGGAGGCCUGCUGGAGGGCAGCUGCGGCUAUGGCGAGCUGGGGCCUCAGGAGUGGCCAUACUGGUCGGCGGUGGCGGUGGCCCCGACCCAUCCGAUCGCCGCCACGGCCGGCCGCAGCCCGCUGCUGGGCUGCGGCGCGUGCAUCGAGGUCCAGUGCGACGCGCGCCCCGGGAGCGAGGCCCGCUGCCCCGACAGCGCCAACGCGACCAGCCUGGUCACCCUGCACUACCUGGCCUUCCAGCAGAAGCUGGCCAGCCCGGACCAAGGCGAGGUGGGCAUCCGCUGGCGCCAGGUGGAGUGCCCCGUGCCCGGCGGCAUCGCCGUCGACAUCGACACCUACCGCGCCGCAGCCGGCGGCUACCUGCGGCUGUCGCUGGAGAAUGUGGCCGGCUCUGGCGCCAUCCGCAGCGUGGAGCUGCGCAAGUCUCCCCUCGCGGGCGACCGCCUGAGCCUUGCUGGCACCACCUGGGCCAAGAUGAGCAACAGCUGGGGAGCCAAGUGGGAGCUGAGCGGCCUGCCCGACACCCCGCUCGACAUGCGCAUCACGUCUGACAGCGGCGAGGCGCUGGUGGCCAGGGAGGCGAUCACCGAGGCCAGCGUCACCGGCAGGGUCUCCCUGCCAGUCCAGUUUGGCACGUCGGGUGCGCCUGCGCUGGGUGCUGGCCCGGGCCCCGCCAAGCCGCUCAGCGGCGAGGCGCUGCUCCUGCAGAUGCAGUACCUGAUCCCUGCCCAGCCCGGCCCUGCCUCGCUGCCUGCGCCAGCUGACGCCGCGGGCGCGGGGCUGCCGAUGGCCUCUGCCGCCGGCCUGCUGGCACCGGCUGCCGGCCAGCCCGCGCCUGAUGGCCGCUGA